AUGAGUCUCCCUACCCCACCAAGCACAUCCCAUAGAGACAAGGAGAAUCGUCUGGCGCGAUUUUCUGGCCGUCGAGUUGUGUGGUCAGAAGAGUGUCAAUACCGCAUCUUACCCUCUAGUCCUCCACGUUUGUCGGUUGAAUCCAGUGCAAAGAAAACGCCUCCCGUGAAGUCAAUCCUAAAAAAGACGACGCAUGUUCUUCUUCCCCUUGCACUCAAUUUCGAGAAGGAGACGACUCCAGAACCCUCGGAUCCCCUUGCUGAUCUCCAUUAUCUUGAAGGGCCGGUCUCCAAAAUCGUUGCAGUGGACGCGUCAUUGCGCGACUUGAUUGAAGCCUACUCAGUUCUUGCUGCCCGACUGAGAUCGCAACAUCGCGAAAUGCUCGUGGACGCGUUAGUCAGGGAUCUCAGUCGUAUUUUUGUAGACCCGGGGAAGACAGAGCACUCUGAGGAGCUGACUCUACAUGAGGAGGAGAGUGUGGUGUUGCUAUCACCAAAGGGAAGUCCAGUCAAAAAGAAGGGAAUGUCGGAGGAGCAGGUCAAGUUUGCCCGCGAUCUCUGCACGGUCUGCCACGCUGUCAUCAAAUUCCUCAACGUCCUAUUCACAUUCCCCGCUAUUUAUCAGAUCUUCACCGAUAAGCAAUUGAGUUUUGUUUUGACGCAAGUUUUAGCGAUUCCUCUUGCGAAUGAGCUCCCUACCCCCAAUGCUCGCAAAACAUGUGCCUUGUCGAUGUGGCUACUUCAGACCCAGCGUCUUCCCGCGGAGGUUCUUGUUCCUGCAAAAGACCGUAUCGCUUACGCGCUUCGCCGUGGCAUUGAGGGCGAGUUGGGGAAAGAGGGCAAGAAGGGAUCAGUGAAUGAUGGCCUCAAGGCUAUCCACGAUUUGUCACUGGCCUACCCGAACGUCUUUGUACCUGCGUUUAUCGAAGUGCUGCCCUCCAUAUUUUCUAACCUGCUAGCCUCUACGCUGGUAUUACGUUCUCAAGCCUGCCAUGCCCUAGGUGGUUUUGCUUAUGCAGCUGCAACCUUACCCCAAGCGUCCAUUCAUGCGCGGAUUUCGAACAUUGCAGAGGACUUCCUCACUUCCCAACAAAGCACGUCUUCUAACGGACCUGUCAGCCCUUCGAAGGACCCUGUUAUUAUUCGCACUUUGCGUACAACCUUGGGUGCAACAGAUCCGAAACAUGUCGCGCAAGGUCCAGUGUGGGCAUGGAGCGUCCUAGCCAGUUUCGUUGUGCUACUUGGCCCUACGUUGUAUAUUAACGACAAGCUUACACGCUCCAUUUCGGCAUUGUUUUCGCUUGGUAUGCGGCAUCAGAAGAGUUCUGUAAGAGCCCUCGGAUGCCUGAGUUGGCGAUGCAUGACUUGGGCUUAUUUUCAUCCGCCUUUGGAGGUGCCAACAGCUGUCUCUGAAGAUGACAUGGUCGAGGAUGAAGAGGAUAUUGAGGCGGAGGAGGCCGAAGCAGCAAAACAGGCCUACAUGAAGCGCAUGAAUACCGUCUGGAAAGUGGUGCAGUCCGUUGUCGACAUGGGCGCAGGAGUUACCACCAUUGGCGCGCUUCUGUCACAGGAGCCCACUGAUGAACUUUCUUUGAGGCGCGCCCUCGGUGUGCUGCGUGGAAUGAGCAAGAAGGGCGGGCAUACGUGCAAAGACGCAUUGGAUGCUGCUGUACGUCUUGUCGGCUUGGAGUCUGAGCCUGAAUGGAAUGCACAAAAACUGCUGCCCCUAGGCCUAUUCUCCGCAAACCCUGGCCUUUUGACGGCAGAGUACAAGUUACUUCCACAGGCUGUAAAGCCACUCUUCGAGCAAUGUGCACAGAUGGAGGACCUGAGAUCCUUGACCAGGGAGGAGCUCGCUGUGGAUUGGGUUUUCAACAGCUUGUUGGAUGUUUGGAAAGAGGGGUUGGGAGCUCUUCGACUGACCUGGGGAUGCGAGCUUCCGUCUGAGAUCAUAGAUGUCUGGUAUGGUCUUGUAAGAGCACCUGCAGCCGUGAUGCAAGGUAGAUUUGGAUUGUCUGUUUUCACGACUAAGCGCUCAUUCUACCUAGAUGCGGACGAUGAUCAAGGCAUCGUACAGUUCGCAAACCAGGCUGCUGAAAUCCUGAUCGAUUUAUUGAAAAACCCCGGGCUCGAUUUAAGCUUGGAGCCUGAGCUAGGCGGGCAAGUGCCGACGAGCCCGGUCAAAGUUGGUCGCCAAGCGCUGCUACCUACCCCAGUCUCUCGCUGGAAUCUGGGAUUGAAGCUAUAUCUGAUUCGAGAAUUAUGGAAUGUACUGAAGACCGUUUUCACUCCAGGAAUCCUUGUCGAAGCAGCCGGGAAGCUGUUCGCGUUUCUGAUCCGGCAAGAGAUGAGCCUUGUUGGAAAUAUUAAUGCGGUGGACGAAGUCAGAUAUCAAUGGGCUUCCUUAUGUGCGGAGGUGAUAUUUGACUGCGAGACCGGCGAACUGGACAUAUUCUGGCGCUCCCGGAUAGAUCCUCGUUACAGUAAGCGUGGCCAUAUGUGGAACGCAGCAGUUUGUCGCUCCGUUUGGGCCAUUUUCUUUCAAAAGUGGCAGGAAUGUGCAGCACCAUUCGAAUCUGCAAUUAUUCUUCUCGGAGUGCCCUUCAUGAAUCUUGACAUCUGGGACAUGUCAACUGAAGACGUCGAGGCGUGGGACAAGCUGCUGCAGACCACUAUUGCCAAGGGUCUCGAUUAUGGCAUCGAUUCCGUCUCUGUCAUUGACCAAAUUGCCGCCAAGAUCUUGUCCAACCACGAUCCUACCCUUACGUCGUCAACUCGCGUGGUUGAUCUGCUCCUCUCCCAUUUGGAGAUCAAUGAAGCUCGACAGAUACCUUCGGAGGUUAUGGAGUUCGCGAACGACACAUUAGUCUCAUCAUACCCACCGGAACCUCGCAACAAGGUCACGGCCUUGUGGAUGAUCAGAUCGCUCACCCGUAUCAUCGAUGCUUGCCCGAUUGAAUUAUCGUUGAGCAUGUUCGAGAUCCUGCAGGAAGGUCUUAGUUUAUGGAUUGCAGAUGACUACCAAGUCUUCACCGCUGAAGAAUAUGCUAUGGAUAUUUUGCCUGUGUAUCAAACCGUUCUGCUUGGCAUCCAAUCCUUGACUGCUUCCAUUGAGAUUGUCGAAGCUCUGACACCACUGAUAGAGUCAGCUUUCUGUGGGCGGCAGGACAAACCAGAGGGAGCGAAAUACGCGUUCCAUGAUUUCUGGCUGGCAACUUAUGCGAAUGUAUCAAAACCUUCGUGGGGUUGGCCACAAGGGAUUCAGAAUUGUCUUCAAGCUCCCGUGGAUCCCCUGGCUACGACAUUUGCAUCAUCGGACCAACAAUCCAAUGUCAUUGCUUUGUCCGCUGCGGAAUCGGGCGCCUCGAACGAUGCGCUCUUCGCUGAGACGGAGGAAGACGAUGAUGAGGCUACAGAAACUGCAGCCGUAGUUUCUGCUUUGCUUCUUGUCUCCAGCCCACCUGCACCUUCAGUCCCCAGUCCUCUGGUUCAUGCCAUUCUACCUUCCACACCGGAGUCCUCGCCUAGACAAGUGCAUACUACGACACCUGUGCGACUGCACCAACCGGCAAAUCAAGGCACUUUACCGGCAGCGCCGCCAGCUUUACAUGUAUCUCCGUUCCUAUCAUUGCCUGUACGCGAGCCAGUCACGCCCAAGCGUGAAUCUGGGUCUUCGCCUAAUCGAUCUGUGCGACGACAGAGCUCCGACAAGGAAAAUGUUCCUCCCCUCUUUGCGGCUUCUGUCGCGGAGCGCGUUGCCGUGCAUUCACCUGCCACGCCGUCUAUCCUAGGCAAGAGAAACAACGCCGAUGACGUCUUUGAGGAGCGGUCGGCGAAGAAGCCCAAACUCGAUUUAGCUUCGGCCGCCCCUUUGCUUCUUCCGCAAGCAAAAUUGGAAAGCAUGUCGAGUAUCAGCAACAUAACCACUGAAAGUAGUAGUACUCAUGUCAAUGUGCCCUUCCAAGGCACGACCUCUACCUUGCUCAAGCGGACAUCGCACAAGCUAUCCCGUCGAAAGCCAGCUUCCAAGGAAGGCGAAGAUGAAGAUCCAUUCGGAUCCUCAUCGGACGAAUCCUCCGGGGAGGACACCACGCCGGUUGCGUCCACCUCUACACACGUGUCUCGGGCACGCAAACGCAAAGCUGUUACGCUUGAUGCCGUUGAGGUACCUACUUUCAGCCAGGUGCUGCUUGUGGAGCGCCGCGCGAGUUUGCGAUCGACCACCUUGCAGCGUACACAAUCCUCCAGCGUAACAUGCGCCAACCAGGAGUCCAGCGGCACGCCACAAGUUCGUGUGGAGCGGCCACUGAGGAGAACACGGUCUGCAACGAAGCUACUUGGCGAAACAGCGACAUUUGAGCAGCUGUUUCAGACGCCAACCAAACGACGUAAGACCCGUGUUAGCGAGCUGAAGCAAGAGGCACGAGCCAGUCCGUCCAUCCCAUCCUCGCCGUUGAGGGCCAUUCGAGAAGCAGAGGCGCCCAUUGCCGGUAGUGAUGAUUCUAUCAUGCUUGCCACGCCAACAAAAUCCCUACCGCAGCUCUCGUCAGAUGAUGAUCCGUUCAUGGGACAAGUCACACCGCUGGGUGUCGUAUCGCCAGCCCUGCGUCGCACCAGAAUGAGUGACUCGGAUCUUCCGAGUAGCGACGACUCAACCAUGUCUGCGAGUCCAUCGCGUGAGCACGUCAAGCGGCGAAUCGCACGGUUGCCGAGUAGUAGAAACUACCUCAACCCUUCCCCCCUCAAAAUGCGCUUACGGACUAUGAGCGAUUUUGAUUCACUUCCUAGUGCGAGUGACGACUAG